AUGUGGAUUCCAAGUUGCAUCAUGUACCAACUAACGUUGUAAUAUUAGACAAGUGAUCGGUGUCUCUUUCGUAAAGUGUAUACUCGUCAUGUGUUCAAUUCCUUGCCCGUGGCUCUUCACUGUGUACCUUCUCGAUGCAUCCUACUCCUUCUCCUCAUGCUUCCAACCCAACACCCUUUUGGGCUUAUCAGUUGUCCAGAACCCUCUGUUCUCCUCUAAGCCCGACCUUACCUCCGCUUCCGGGUAAUACUUCUUCGCUAGCUCCGCCGAAGCCAUCUCCUGUGUCUCUCUGGUGCCACGAUAUUUAUCACUUCGCAUCCUUCAUACGAAUCUGCUUUCUCCACACUCAAAAGAGAUGCCCGUGCCACCUCCGUGGGAUCCACCCACGCCCAAAGCUGCCCUACAGCCGCAGUGUCCCAGUUCUCCUCAUACUCCUUUUGGAUAUCCUUCUUCGGUGCCACCUGGUGAAUACGGAGACACGCGAUCUUCGUAGCGGGCAACCAGUUCACGAACGCUUUUGCCUGCAUCUCCGCUUCGAUCUUGGCGAGCGCGUAGGCAUCAGUGGGAUUCGGUGGAUACUCUUGAUCGAUCGGAAAGUACUUGAACUUCAGCGGUAGGUUGGCAUACGCAAGACCGAUAGCAUUGACCGAAGACGCAUAGCAUAUUUUCUCGAUGCCGAGGUCGCCGCACGCGCGGAAGCCAUUGAAUGCAGAUCAUCAA